AGUUCUUUCUGUUACGUAAAUAAUCUGAUUGAAAAUGGAAUCGAUAUCGAUUUUUUCGCUUAAUGAUGAUUGUUUGGGUAACAUUUUGUCUCAUUUAACCGAUUUYAGCUCGUUUYACAGCUUCUCUUUGACUUGCAAACUGUUCAACCAACUGGCUCUAAGUAAAAGGAACUGGCACAUUAAUGUCCUCAAGAGACAAGCUGAUUUUUWCAUCAGAAAAUUCAUAGUUUACAACGAUGAGGACCGCGCAUACAAUUCAAGACAACAACUUCGUUCUCUACUCGAAAAAGCCAAUCGAUGCUGCAUUGAUGAUCUUUCUUACAACGAUGUCCUCCAUGUGUGGAAAUCAUGCGGUCCCGUCGCUGCCACGUUUUAUUCGUGGAUCAAAUCUUCAAAUUCAGUUAAGCGAGACGAAGGACCAAGAGAAACAUGUUCAACAGAAUACGCUGAACAGACCUUCCAUUUGCCAGUCUGUGGUCAAGACUUAUCGAUUAGGACAUCCCACUUUGUGGAUUAUAUUGGGAACUACUACCGAGAAACGAAAUUGAAAGUUUCAUGCRGUGAUUUAGCUAUCGAAAAUGAAGUUUAUAAGAUUAUCCCAGAGGACUACGAUUAUUGGGAUGAGCAGCAACUGAGAGCAGUCGUGGACCCAAUGAAACCAGUAAUUGAGCUUCUUCAGAAAGAACUCGGCGAUACAGUCCCACCAAUAACAGAUAAAUUCUUUGUUUGGAUGUGCUUUCGUUUCCCUUGUUUGGAAGAGGAGCACAGGAUUUACUUCAAAGAUGAAGCUAAGAACGCAAUACCAAGCCUGGAAUCACUCCAACCACUCUUUGAACUUUAUCGGCAAAAUAAGUUGGGAAGAAUUAAAGGAUCUCUUGAAUCUCUUGAGAAAUGGUUGAAAGAAAAUGAGGAGUGUUCCUCUGCAAAGAUAAUCGCUGAUGCUCUGGAGAUCCUGGUUCAGAAGUCCCAGGCAGCCAUAUUAGGACAGUUGCAAGAAGAUGUUGGACGAUUUCCUGAGGUAGUCUUCGACUACUAUCUCAAAAAGGCUCCAAAGAAGAUGAUGUUGGACUUGGUCAACAGAACAACCCUCUUCNUAGGAAAUUACUCUGCUGCUUCUGUUGCUGACAAAUAUGUUGACAACAAAGCUCAGUUUAGGAUGAAAGGAGGGUCGGUUAUAAAAAUAGAUGGAGAAAUACGAGGCGAUGGGGCAAGUUACCCUACCUGGUUUGAAUUGAGCAUGAAUUUCACUCUACCCGAUGGUAGCAAGAUAGAAAUACAAAGUCCUGAUUAUAUGUACUCAAAGCCAUCGCAAGACGAAAAGAAAGCUCUUAGCAACAAGUUUAGUCCGAUCACUGAAAUUCUACAAGAAUGCAUCGAUGAAUCCAUGAAGGACGAGGAAAACAUCCCCAAAAUAGAAAACAUCUUCACUGUUUAUUAUUUCCUGCAGGUGAUGCAGUUCGCGGRAGUCGGGCGCUUUUUUGAACUUCAUCACAAGCAACCUCUCUUCAAAUCUGAUGGGAACACUUCAGAUUACUCUGACUAAUGUCAACUACUGAUUCAGGAGUAAACAAUACAGUGACAGACUGCGUAGCGGCGCGCAGACCGCGUGUGGGUUGUGCGAAUGGUAGCCCUUUCUUUUUCGGCAAUGCAGCGUGGCGGAAGCUAUCAUUUAUGCAUAAUCGACAGUUUUGACUAUGAUGAUUAUAGGAAUGCUAUAAACAGCAAGAAGCUUAGUGCACUUACUAAKUUUGUAUCCUUAGGAAGUUCAAAUAAUAAUGUAAAAACUGUUCCAGUAUACUUUAGAAUGACUACUGAUGUACUUGCUACAUGUGACUAAAGACCGAUCACGAUUCCUGCUCAAUCUAAAUCACAUUUAUAUUACUUAAAACAAAAGACAACACAAACAAACAAGGUUGCAAGGUUGGAGAAAUCAUAUUGUCCGCCUUGGUUUUAACCGCGGAAAGGUUACAACUAUUCUCGUACUUCAAUACUGAGACGAACGCGAUGUUUGCGCAAAAUSAGACAUGAUCUAUACAAAUGAUAUUUAUUUCUACUCAUUCCAUACUCAAAGCCUUUGCAGCUUCUGAUGCAAAUGAAUGGGUUAACUUAGUUUAAAAAACGUUAGUAUCAAAACUACUCAACUUAAAAAACACGACAUACAAAAUACCUUAAAAAGUUUCCUAUUCCAAAAUACAUAUAUCUACUUUUUAUUGUGUCACAAACACUGUAAUUUCACCUCUUGAUGCUAGUUUCCGAUCUGUAUAAAAUACAAAGUGAUUUCAGCGGUAUUUGCGACCUGUAAUCACCGCUGACAAUGUUUA